AUGCCAUACUAUCCUAGUUACACAAACUAUAACUACUCACCACCAGGUGGCUCUGCGUCUUAUGCCAUCAUCGACUCAGCAGCCGUUGACUCCAUGGGCGCGUACCCAGGGAACGCUGGUGGUGCUUACUACCCUUCUGCAAACUCUUCUGCCACAGUCUCGGCAGGUAUGCUCCCAGGAAACGCGUCCUACUCCUAUGCCGCACUACCUUCGUCACCAGGAAUCGGUCUUGCAUCGUCAUCUGGAAAUAAUGGUGCAAUGUAUAUGCGUGGUAAUGGUGGUGGUAUUGCUGGUGCAAAUGCAGCAGCAGCGGCAGCGGCAGCUGCGGCAGCUUCAGCAUACAUGACUCCCAUGUCACGACCAUCUUCUGUUUCGCCGACUCUUGGUGGUGGACCUUCUAAGCUUGCAACUGGGUUCCGCGGGUACGGUGGCCCUAUGUCAGUUUCUAUGAAUGGUGGUAAUGUAUCGUCUUCAGCAGCAGCACUAUGGCGCGACCGCUUUGAAAAGUCUCGCGGGUUUGAUGUUGAAGAUGACUUGGAAUUUUGUCCCUUGGCAUGCGUGUCACAGCACCAUAUGCUUAGUCUUCACCAUCACCAUCCAGCAGGUGCGGCCGCGGCAUACAUGUCACCAUCAAGUCCAGAAUACUAUGUGGCUGCCGCAGCUUCUUAUGGGGCCAACGCCGGGACAGGCGGCGGGCCGUCUUCUCCUGGAGGGCAUUCUCCUCCUCUUGGAAUGUAUUAUGGCAGUAGCGGCAAUAGUAGCAUCAGCAGUAGCAGCAGCAGCAGCAGCAGCUCGAGUGCUGGAAGCAUGAGCGGCAGCAGCGGUAGCAAUAGCAGCAACAGCAGCAGCGGAGGUGCUGGUUCACCUAACGGUCACCAUAAUACCAUUACAUAUUACAAUGGCGGGGUGUUAACCUCGGGACCUACGCCUGGCGCGUUUGGUUCUUCGGUAGGCACUGGCGCGUCUUCUGGAGCUCCCACCAAGGUGCGUAAGGCUUUGCCUAUCAUUGACCCUACCACUGGGCUCCGGGUUGCGUCUCCGUCUUUAUCGCCAGCAGGUUUGGCGGCCAAUAGACAUCACAAAUGA